AUGGAUUUCCUGCUCCGACCAACCGACAAUACCGGUGCGGAUUCUAUAAUCACGAUUCUGCCAUCACCAGGAUUUGUAAUUAAAUCGAAAUUAGUUUCAACUCAAAAUAGACAGAGCAAUUUGACUCAUUUAGAACCAAAUGUCAAGAUAUUCAUAAACGUAUGCCAUGAGGCUAGCGUGCCAAAACCGGACAUUGAUUUUGAUCCUAAUGUUGUGUACCCUUUGAUAAUGGAGAACCAAUGGGAAAUACCAAUAGUAACAUCAGCGAUAAGAGAUGACAAGGAUAAAAAAGGCUCACCAUGCUAUGUAUGGGAUUGUUGUAUCAACACAAUAUGUAUGAACUGGAUAAGUGUGAAUAUUCAAUUACGAGACAUAUUAGUAGAGUGGUGUUUAGAGUCUUGCGAGAUCUCAGAUACCGUGGAAAUAUCUCGAGAUGCUCUAAGCUUUCCAAAGAUGAAGAAGAAGGGCGAAAUAAUUCCACCCUUGGAGAUUUUAUCAGAUGUGCUGAAGAAAGAUUACCGAAUGGAUCUUAUCAGCUUUGCAGAAGACGAAAAAAACGAUCCGGCAAGUAUACUGAAAUUGAAGAGAGAUCUAUUUACUGAGGAGACGAACAAUUCACUUGAUGACUCAGAUGGCAAAAGCUUACCAUCACUUUUUCCUAAUACUAGCAAUUACACAUCAGAAAAGCCCCUGAUUCAGGAAAUUGAUGACUUGACACUCAAUGAAAUUAAGAAUAAGAAGUCAAUAAUCUCACAGGAGACACCUGAAAUCCAUUUCGAAGUAAACAUAAGGAAGACGAAUAACAGAAAAGACUACAAACUGCGGAUAGAAGUUCUCUCCGAGAUUGAAUCAGCGUCUAGCUUACUUGUGCGAUAUCAACAAGAGGAUAAUUCUCUCUUUAUAAAGAACACAAACUUGGACUUUUACAAAGAGAAAAAGUUAGAGAUACCUUUGCCCAGCAUUUUUUCUAAAGCAGAUGCUGCAUCAAUGAGAUGUUUCUUUAUUAUCGGUGAGAAGAAACUUAUAAUCUUCAUAUGA